AUGGAUUGUCAGAACGACUCUAGCCGUGUUCUCAACAUUCCCAUUAGCACUCAGUUUCGAGAACCAUGGUUCGACAUGAUGGGUCGGGCUAUCCGAUUCCUUCAAGCUACCGAAGAAUGCAACGAAAAAUCUUGCUACCAGCUAAAAGACGGCCCUAAUCUGCAAGAUUACGCAUACCAGGUAAGGAGCGGCGCUAGAGAUAUUUUUUUGAGCCAUGCCAUGCGGAUUCAAACCUCCUGGGAACAAUUCUUACAAAGUGGAACGUUGGAAAGGGAGGCAGCGCUGAUACAUGAAUAUGUAUUGUGUUCUAGAGUCCAAAGCCCGGGGGAGACCAGCAAUUCUACUGCGGUACCAAAAAGUACUGAAGAGUCCUAUACAAAAGUAUCGCCUCUUCUCAAUUUGCCAUGCGAAGUGUUUGAACGCAUUUUCCUAUACGUUGUAGGACGCUACGAGUUGAAAGGCGAAACUCUUCGGCUCAGUUUCCACACAUACUCAGGAAACCUCUCGACCCAGUUAAUUUUCUAUAAGCCUCGGACCUGGGGUAACCUAGCAGUUUUGCAGAUUUGCCGGGCCUUCAGAAAUUUGGCCAUCUUCUACUAUGGAGUCCCUAAAGAGGAGAGCUUGCCAUUCAGCCCACAGCUAGACACAUUAUUCAUCCGCGGCGAAAUGCUGGAUAAGUUUGGCGGAUAUAACCUCUGGCUGCGCUAUGAUGGGGCUUACUUCAUCAACGCGGAAACGUACGGUGUGAAGCCAUGGAGCAAAGUCAGGAAGAUAUCCAACGAGUGUCUACGCAGGCCAACUGAGAUUACAAUAGAUAUCCACAACGGGACCAUAUACAAAGAAUGUUGGCUAGAAAUCUGGUACUGCCUCGGCCGCCUGUUUACAAACGCGAGAUGCUUGAAGUGUCAUAUUAGCCAGCCAGAUCGCUGCUUCCUGGAGACAUUCGAAGAAGAGUACACAGAGGGAAAGGAGUUCAAUUUAAGUCACGACUUCUAUGCUUUGCAUGGAUUAUUCGUUGCGAUAGGUGAUGCUCCCGCUGACCAUCUUUUCCCCAACUUGAAGAACCUGCAGUUGGUAAAGGUUGCAGACCUUUGCACGCACCCUUGGAUCGGGUGGCUCUCUUCUCUGGAAACCCGAAAUUACAUGGAACGGCUUCAUAUGUGGAUGAUUGACGGCGCGGACAUCGUCCAGCGAUACGGACAGGUGGCACAGGAAUAG